AUGUACUCUAACAGCUUUGAGUCUGCUCUUCGUGCAUUCGAGAAAAUCAGUGAACCAAACGAUGUUUCCUGGAGCGCAAUCAUUUCUGGAUACUGCCAGAUGAGUCAGUUUGAAGAGGCUAUUAAAACUUUCAAGUCUUUGAGAAGCAAAAAUGCGGCGAUUCUAAAUUCGUUUACAUAUACUAGCAUAUUCCAAGCUUGUUAUGUACUUGCAGAUUGCAACAUUGGUGGCCAAGUCCAUGGAGAUGCUAUAAAAAGGAGCCUGGUUGGUUCUCAGUAUGGAGAAAGCACUCUCAUUACAAUGUAUUCAAAAUGUGGAUGCUUAGAUGACGUCUGUGCAGUCUUUAAGUCGAUGAAUAACCCAGACAUUGUUGCUUGGACAGCUUUUAUAUCAGGUCAUGCCUACUAUGGAAACGCCUCUGAAGCUCUGAGAUUGUUUGAGGAAAUGGUUAGUUGUGGCAUGAAGCCAAACUCAGUUACUUUUAUUGCGGUUUUAACCACAUGCAGUCACGCAGGUAUGAUUGAACAGGGCAAGCGUUAUUUGGACACUAUGCUUCCAAAGUACAACGUGGCUCCAACUAUUGACCAUUAUGAUUGUAUGAUAGACAUUUAUUCACGUGCAGGACUAUUAGACGAAGCUCUCAAGUUUAUGAAGAAUAUGCCUUUUGAAUCUGAUGCAAUGAGUUGGAAAUGCUUUCUAAGGGAGAUUGCUGGUGAGGAACUACGCCAACUCGAUCCAGAAGAUACGGCUGGAUAUGUUCUACCGUUUAAUCUGUAUACGCAGGCUCGAAGAUGGGAAGAAGCUGCUGAAAUGAUGAAACUAAUGAAUGACAAGAUGCUAAAGAAGGAACUAAGCUGCAGCUGGAUCAGAGAAAAGGGUAAGAUUCAUCGGUUUAUAGUGGGUGAUAAACACCAUCCACAAACUCAGGAGAUCUAUGAGAAGCUCAAGUAG